AUGCUAGCGUCAAAGACCACAACUGCGCCGCAAUACCUGUUCUAUGCGUUGAAACCGGUAAAUGGAAUCAGCAAGCCGGGCCUAAAGAGGAUUGCGAACGGCGGCCACGCGAUAGAAGUUGAGGUUUGGGAAAUGCCUCAACCUGCCGUCGCAAGCUUUUUGAAAACCAUUCCGUCACCGCUGGGGAUCGGCUCCGUGGAGCUCGUAGAUGGUACCUGGAAAUUGGGCUUCAUAUGUGAGCCGUACGGGCUUCAGGAUGCCCUCGACAUCAGCUCUUUCGGCGGCUGGCGCGCCUACAUGGCCACAAAGCAGAAGUCACCAAAGCCAAUCAUCAAUGGCUCAUCACCACGGUCCAUCAAGUCUGUGCUCAUUGCAAAUCGGGGUGAAAUUGCUGUUCGCAUAGCUCGCACAUUACGCGAUAUGAAUAUUCGCUCACUUGCAAUUUACUCUAGCGUCGACUCAGACUCAGACCAUGUCAAAUCUGCUAACGAAGCUUUUCUUCUGACCGGCUCAACGGUCAGUCAGACUUAUCUCGAUGGUACACAAAUCCUCAAGCUUGCAACUGCGGCAGGUGCAGAUGCCAUCAUUCCCGGCUAUGGAUUUCUCGCCGAGAAUGCCGACUUUGCAGGAAAAGUUGAAGAAGCGGGCCUCAUCUGGAUUGGGCCGACCCCAGAACAGAUGCGUGAGUUGGGUCUCAAGCACCGCGCUAGAGACAUCGCAGUCGCGGCGGGAGUACCUGUGGUUCCUGGCAGUGGACGCCUACUAAGCGCUGCCAGCGAAGCAGUGUCCGAGGCUAAGAAGAUCGGUUAUCCUGUCAUGCUCAAAAGCACAGCGGGAGGUGGCGGUAUUGGGCUCCGUGUGUGCACUAAUGCACAGGCUGUGUCGGAGGCUUUCGAGGCUGUGAUCAGACUUGCAGAGGCGAAUUUCGGAGACGGGCGAGUCUUCCUGGAGCGAUAUAUCCCACGAGCCCGACAUAUUGAAGUACAGAUUCUCGGCGACGGGGCAGGAAGCAUCAUAAGUGCUGGCGAUCGAGACUGCUCUCUCCAAAGGAGAAACCAAAAGGUCAUAGAGGAGGCGCCAGCCUUGUUUGUCCCUGAGGUGGUCCGUACACGUAUGUCCAAAGCUGCUAUUGACCUUGCCGCAUCAGUGAAAUACCGCAAUGUUGGUACAGUGGAAUUCAUUUACGAUGUCGACAAACAAGAGUUCUACUUCCUGGAGGUGAACACCCGUCUCCAAGUGGAGCACCCAGUGACCGAGUCUAUUACAGGACUUGAUCUUGUUAAAUGCAUGAUGAACAUAGCCAGCAAUGACUGCGAGACUCUUUUCUCCGAGGGGCCGAGGCAGGUAGCUUCCAAGUCCGCAAUUGAAACAAUCGGCUCUCAAUACACUAUCUACAGCACUGCAGCAAACACGUAUUACUGGCGUGGAGACUAA